CCGGGUUUCCACCCUGGAAAGUAAGUCCGGGACCGGAAGUCGGGGUGAGCUGCUGCCCAGCCCGGGCCGGGCGAGCCCGUGGCGAGUGGAGCGCGGGAUCCCAGGGCCGUCGGCGGGACGCGCUCGCGCCGGCACCAUGACUCCUUUGAAGACCCAGCACUCCUCAGCAGGUCAGCCCUACGCAAUACCACUUAUCCCUGCAGACCUGCGCCGAGAAGAGACCAUCCAGCAAGUGGCAGAUGCCCUGCAGUACCUACAGAACGUCUCUGGAGACAUCUUCAGCAGGAUCUCUCAGCGAGUGGAGCUGAGCCGGCGCCAGCUGCAGGCCAUUGGGGAGAGGGUCUCAUUGUCCCAGGCCAAGAUUGAGAAGAUCAAGGGCAGCAAGAAGGCCAUCAAGGUGUUCUCCAGUGCCAAGUUCCCAGCUCCAGAGCAUCUGAAGGAAUAUGGCUCCAUCUUCACUGGUGCACAGGACCCUAGCCUGCAGAAAUGGCCCCGCCACAGGAUCCAGAGCAAGCACCGCCCACUGGAUGAACGUGCCCUGCAGGAGAAGCUGAAGUACUUCCCUGUGUGUGUGAACACCAAGCCAGAGCCUGAGGAUGAAGCUGAGGAGGGACUUGGGGGGCUCCCCAGCAACAUCAGCUCCAUCAGCUCACUGCUACUAUUCAACACGACUGAGAAUCUGUACAAGAAAUAUGUGUUUCUAGACCCCCUGGCUGGGGCUGUAACAAAGACUCAUGUGAUGCUGGGCACAGAGAAGGAGAAGCUGUUUGAUGCCCCUCUUUCCAUCAGCAAGAGAGAGCAGCUGGAGCAGCAGGUUCCAGAGAACUACUUCUAUGUACCAGACCUGGGCCAAGUACCCGAGAUUGAUGUCCCAUCCUACCUGCCUGACCUUCCCGGCAUUGCAGAUGACCUCAUGUACAGUGCCGACCUAGAGCCAGGCAUUGCCCCUUCUGCCCCUGGUGCCAUUCCUGAAUUGCCCACCUUCCACACAGAAAUAGCUGAGCCUUUCCAGCCAGAUGUAGAGGGUGGAGUGGUGACAGCACCCCCACCUCCACCACCACCACCCCCUCCCCCAUUUCCCACGGUGCUAGACAGCACUCCUCCAUGUCCAGUGUUCACCCAGUCCACGCUCUCAGCAGACCAGGUUGCCAGGGAGGAUGACAACAGCAGCAGCAUGCCAACUGCAGCUGUUGUUCAGGGAGCACCCAAGGAAGUGGUUGACCCCUCCAGUGGCCGGGCCACUCUGCUGGAAUCUAUCCGCCAAGCUGGGGGCAUUGGCAAGGCCAAGCUGCGCAGUGUCAAGGAGCGCAAGCUGGAGAAAAAGAAACAGAAGGAGCAAGAGCAAGUGAGAGCCACAAGCCAAGGUGGGGACUUGAUGUCUGAUCUCUUUAAUAAGCUUGUCAUGAGGCGCAAAGGUAUCUCUGGAAAAGGACCGGGGACCGGGUCCAGUGAGGGGCCAGGUGGAGCCUUCACCCGAAUGUCAGAUGCCAUUCCACCUCUGCCACCCCCACAACAGCCACCAGGAGAGGAGGAUGACGAUGACUGGGAGUCGUAGCGGGGCUGAGACACUUCUCCUGCCAGUGAGACUAGCGUGAGAGGCUCCUUUGCCAGGGGCCCUCACAGCUACUGCUGCUAACAGAGGCCUUGGGGGCUGGUCGAUGAUUCCGGAUCUGUGCCUGACCUGUCUUCAUAGAUGGGGGCUGUAUUUGCUGUCUCUCUGGGCUCAUGUGACUGCCUUACCUGCCCCUCCCCUGAGGUGGUUUCCUCUUGUCUAAAGAGAUUGAGAGUACACAGCAGUGUGAAGAAAUAAAAUAACUCAAGACCUGAGCCCAAGAAGCAGUGCACUUUUCAAUAAAGUAACUGUAGACUUGCCAGGUGCAGAUAGCACCUCAGAGUA